AUGGACAGACCAGACCAUCCCAUCAACGACCCAGUGAUGGGGUUCGGUCUGAAAAUUGAGACCUCGCCAACAAUCAUUGCCAAUUUCCCAAAGCCCGAGCGAAACCAGAAAUUACCCGCUCGACAGGGGAAGAUCGCGUACGAGUGGAGCGUCAAGGACGCUGCAUCUCCGACGGUGUGGGAACCAGUGUUGGAGGAGGAGGUGGUGGUGGUGGUUGUUGCCGUCCCCUACUGGCGGAUCCGCGCAGGAGCUGAUGAGUGUGUUCGGGCCCUUCUUCAAGACGCUGGUCUUGGCCUGGGGACGCGCCCGCGUAUCGCUGGCGAGGCGCUGGCCGUAACUGGAACUGCAGCCCUCGUUCCUCAACCGAAACUGAAGUCUCUUGGGAGACGGUGGCCUCCAAUCAAUCCAUCCCGCACCCUUGUGUCCCGCUCAUCGAUGGCGCAGAUGUCACGCAGGAUGCAAGCCUCCUCUGGAAGGUUCAGGGCUGGGCGACCUGCUACUGGUUGGAACAUCGACGCUCGGCUCUCGCAGCAGCUGGGCUUGAAGCGCCGUGGGGAGCCAGGCGUUUGGCAACUGGCGUGUGCUAGCCUUCCAGUCCCCUAUGCUUUCUUCCUAUCGCCACCUUGUCGAGCGGAGGAAUUCCCCCGUUACCAUCAGCUGAGCAAGCUUCCAUAUAAUUGCGCGAAUUUCCCGAGCAUCCGCUCAUGCUGGGUCAUCAGGCUCCUCUCCUCGUCUGAGAAAUUACAGCCCGUCUCUGGGCCGGGUUUCUUGGUCAGCGGAGGGGUGGUAAACAGUCAGGGGCUUGAUCAGUCAUGGCUUUCUACUACUGCUGAUUUUAUGUGUAGGGACACCUAA